AUGCAAACCAAGAUCGCACUCGUUGUCUUCUUCAGCGCUCUCAGCGCCUCUGCCGCGACCAUUAAGCGCCAGGCUACCGGCGGAGCUGACUUUGGCAAAUGCACUCCUACCAUGGACUUCCAAACGGGCCGUCCCGGACGCAAGGCCACCGAAGGCACUUUCUUGCCCACCGAUCCUCUUGUUGCGAAGGGCCAGCAGGAUGCGCUGAACCCUGGCAUCAUUACCAACCGAAUUUGCGACCAGCUCACCAACGUUUGCGAAGCGAACCAGGCCGCUAAGGACGCGUGCCAGGCUGCCAAGGCCCAGGUUGCUUCCGCGGGCACCAAGGAUGCCUCAACGGCAACCCUUUUCAACCAGGCUUUGGGAUUCAACUAG